UUCAGUCACUUGAGUUUGAUUUGCCGGAUCGGACGUUGGGGUUCUCCCUCCGAUUCCCAGUGACUUCCGGACUCCUGUUGAAUUUUCCGCCCCGUCAAAAUUUUACCCCUGAGCUUUUUACGUGCAAUAUUUCACCACCAAUUUCCCCCCAAUUCCCAAAAUGCCUUUGCUGAAGAGAUGGAUUGGCGCCAAAAUAGUCCGCUAAUACAGCAGCAUUGUGAAUUGAUAAGAUAAAUACAAGGCGCAUGGUGUGAUUUAAAAGCAAUUGUUAAGAGGAAUCAUCAGUAGCAAUUUGUGUGCCUUCAGGUGUACAUCGGUGACAAUGAUAGAGCUAUUUAAUUGAGUGACUUUGCUGUGUGUGCCUUUCAAUUGGGACGUCGUCGUCGUGUAUUAAUGAGAAACAAACAAUUACUCUCUGUAUAGGAUACUAAAAGUGACCAUUCAUAGUGGGGUAGCUUUGUGAGAUAUUAAUCAUCAAAACUCACAGACUUCUCCUACACACUUAUUAUGAUUAGCAACAGCAAAGUUUGGACAACUGCCACGGAAAAUGGAAUAUCACGAGCAUCAACUGCCGCAGUUCAUCCAACACUUGGGGACAAUCCAUAUGCCGUGGGCAUUCAAUCGAGGUUCAGAAGGAAGUACUUUCACAAAAUCAUCUUCAUCUCCUUGAUUUUUAUCAUCUUGAUCCUCCUAAUUGGAAUUAUCGUGCUCGCGUGUCAAGGAAGAGCGAGUAGAGUUUGUGAAACUACAGAAUGCCUACGAGCUGCUGCCAAUUUUAAGCUCUCAAUGGACCAAAGUGUUGAUCCCUGUGAAGAUUUUUACAAGUUCACGUGUGGCAAUUGGGCUGAGGAACAUCCUCGUCCGGAUUCAGCCAUGUCCAAUGACUGGUUCAGUGAAAAACAGGUUAAAAUCAUGCGACAAGUACGAUCCUUUCUUCAAUCAAAUGCCACCCCAGAUGAACCCCUACCAGUUAAUCAGACGAGACAAGUCUUUUCCGCGUGCAUGGACACAGAGACUAUGGACAAAAUCGGCCUUAAACCCAUCUACAAAUACCUCAAAAUGUUUAACCUGCCCAUCGUUCCCACAAUCCUCAAUCUCACCGAAGUCGACUACAGCACAUACAAUUUUGACUGGAUUAAGUCAGUGGCCGCUAUUAAGAGAUACUUUGGCAUGGACGUUAUGGUAGGAUUUGAUUUGAUGCCUGAUCCAGAGAAUAGAUCAGUCUAUCGAAUGGCCAUAGGUACUCCAGAAGUGGACACGGGGAUUCCAUUCAAUAACAACAACCUGAACAAAGCUCAACGUAUCAGAGGACGCUUGGAGAUAUUUGGAAUUCAUCCAUCAGCAGAUGAGUCCGUUAUCCUGGAGGAGGAUGAUGCUGAGGAGGAUGAAGAGAGUAUGAUGGGAAGUGCAUACGGAAGGUAUGUGUCAGAAGUGAUAUCUGCUAUUGUUCUGGACUAUAAGAAUACAACGCUGAAUGAAGAGAGUGUGGCGAAUAUUCUCACAGCAGGAAAGAUGAUAUUUAACACAACACGAAUCCUAUACCAACUCAAUCAAGCAGCUGAGAAUGCAUCUAAAUCAAAGGAUACGGAUCCUAUGAAUGAUAUAAUGAAUAUGGGAGUAAGUGAACUGCAAAAUUCCACAGAUACCUACAUAUCUCCUCAUGAGGGGAUUCCACUCUGGGAGAAGUACAUCACAUUGCUUUUCCUGGAUGUUCCAGAAGUUCAUUUAGACCUUGAAAUAGAUAAAUUGCUGACAAGCAGCGGGGAUUUGCUGUACCUGCAGACUCUGGUGGAAUUUGUGGCAAAUACAUCCUUGGCUAAGAUUGAGCUGUACAUUUGGUGGGCUGUUGUUGAAGAACUAAUUAUUCAUACAACAACUGACAUGAGGAACCUGCACAACCAAUACGCAAAGUCAAUCACAAGUACCGAAGGAUCCCUGUCCAGAUCUCUCUACUGCGCCAAUGGAGUUAAUCAACUGAUGGGAAUGGCUGUAAGCUACUCCAUUGCCGACAGAGAUUUCCUCAAACGCACAAAGCCCAACGUUGAACUCAUGCUAAUGCUCAUCCGGACGGCUUUUAACGAUCUCGUGGCCACCACCACAUGGAUGGAUGCCCAGACCAAAGCGGCCACUUUAGAAAAAUCCGCUGCCAUGAGAAGUCUCAUUGGAUUCCCUGAGUGGAUUCUCGAAAAAGCCACCCUCCUAAAUUUCUACAAAGGCAUCAAUGUGACCAAUACCACCCACCUCGACAAUAUGAUGCACAUCCUGCAUAGGAACAUGCUGGAGAAACUCACAGAAUUUCGCAAUGAAAACAAAUUCGGAUGGGCCACUUCUCCCACAAAUGUUAAUGCUUUUCAUACAUUCCAAGCCAAUGCCAUAACUAUUCCUCUGGCCAUACUUCAGUAUCCCUUCUACCAUUUGGGACUUGAAGCUUUAAACUACGGAGCCAUCGGGACAAUCCUGGGGCACGAACUGACUCACGGAUUCGAUGACAGUGGGCGACAUUUCGACAAGAACGGAAACAUCCGGCAAUGGUGGACCAAUAAGACAAUUGACGAAUAUGAGAAUAGGACGUCAUGCUUUGUGAAAUUUUACAAUAAUUAUUACCUUCCGGAAGUGUCAGAAUAUAUCAAUGGGGAACUGACUCUUGGGGAAAAUAUCGCUGAUAACGGUGGCCUUAGAGAAGCAUUUUAUGCCUAUAAAUUGUAUCAACAGAGAAACGGAAGGGAAGAUCUUUUGCCUGGCUUUGAGAACUACACACACGAGCAACUAUUCUUCAUGUCCUACGGCAAUCUCUGGUGCGAAACAAUGACAACCGUGGCAACUAAAUGGGCCCUCGAGGACUCCCACUGUCCCGGUAGAAUCCGCCUCCAUGGAGUCCUGUCCAACUCACCAGAAUUCGCCAGUACAUUCAAAUGCAAGAAAGGAUCAGGGAUGUACCCACCUGAACGUUGUCGCCUGUGGUAGAUGUCCAAGAGGAUUCUCAGCCGGCAUUCAUCCUCACACAAUUGGUGUUGUGUUUUUUUGAUUAUGCACCUUGUGAUUGUCCUUUGACGCCCUUUUUGUCCGUGUCCUCUUGUACAAUCUGGUUGUGAUAUUUUUAUUUCUGCAAACACGCGCGCAUCUUGGACUUUAUAGUAACACGAGAGAUGCAAAAACAUGAGUUAUAUUCUUCAGAAAAACAACAUUGACUGUGACAACAAUGUGGUAAGAUAAGUUAAUAAACAUAUUGUACGAAUUUGGAAAUU